GGGAGGGCGAGAGAUAGCGAGAGGGACGGCGCGUCGGCGGAGAGAGAGAGAUUGCAGAGCAGCAGAGCUUCGGAGGCUUCAGCCAUGUUAGUUUUGUGUUGUGCGGGCCAGCGAUGAGAAGGAGCCACCAUGGCCUUUUCACUAAGCGGAGACGAGGAGGAUUAUGAGUCAGAUGCUGAACAGCAACGGGCGGCCAAUCGCCCGAAGCCCAAGGUGGGAACGUCGGCGGCCAUCAAGCUGCCGUCCAACCGCAACUCUUCGGGAGCGCGGCGCCGGCGGACGCGAUGCAGGAAGUGCGAGGCGUGCCUGCGCACAGAGUGUGGCGAGUGCCACUUCUGCAAGGACAUGAAGAAGUUCGGGGGGCCGGGGCGCAUGAAGCAGUCGUGCAUAAUGCGUCAGUGCAUCGCGCCGGUGCUGCCCCACACGGCGGUGUGUGUGGUGUGCAAAGAGGCGGGGAAGGAGGACACACUGGAGGAAGAGGAGGACAAGUUCAACUUCAUGCUAAUGGAGUGCUCCAUCUGCAACGAGAUCGUCCACCCCAACUGUCUCAAGGUGAGCGACGCUACGGGUGUGGUGAAUGAUGAACUGCCCAACUGUUGGGAAUGCCCCAAGUGCAACCAUGCAGGGAAAACAGGAAAACAAAAAAGAGGCCCAGGAUUCAAGUAUGCCUCCAACCUCCCGGGCUCUCUGCUGCGGGAACAGAGGCCCCAGAAGGAGGAGGGGGGCGAGGUCCUGGUGGCCCAGGCCCCCAAGAAGCGCCCCGACCGGGAGGAGACGCCCAGGUACCGGCCGGAGGAGGUCCUGCACCACCGGCAGCCCCCCAUGCUGUCCCCCAGCGGCCUGAGCCGACCCCGCUUCGAGGAGAAGCUGAGGAAGAAGAGGAAGCUCUUUGACGAGGACGAGUACGAGGACCUGGGCGUCAAUAAGAAGGUAGGUCUGGUGUUUCCACGUCAAAAAGCCGGUGACUUUAAGAGGCUUCCGGAGGUUGUUGCGUUGGUAACGUUGUCCCUUUGUUUCUCCUCCCCACAGGAGAGGUCGGACGAGCCCUUCUUCCCCAAACUCCUGCAUCAGAUCAAAAGGGAAGAGGAGGACCAGGAGGAGGAGGAGGAAGACUACGACGAAGAAGACAAGGAGCCCCACUACCGCUCGGCGGUGGCGGAGAGACGCGGGCGCCCCGGGGACGAGGCGGACGACAAGGAGCACAAGGCGGACCCGCUGCCCCCGCCCGUCAAGACGCCGGUGCCCGACAGCGACCAGUCGCUCUGCAGCUCCCCGCAGGCGGGCCCCAGCAGCGAGGGGGGCAGCGAGACGCCUGAGAAGGGCCCGCGGCCCAAAGUGCGGCGCAAGCGGCGGCUGCCCAACAGGGAGCUGAGCCGGGAGCUGAGCAAGGCCCUGAACCAGGAGAUCCAGAAGAAGGAGGACUGCCUGGCCAACGAGAACCGCCAGCCCUUCAAGACGGAGCCCGAGAGCGAGAACGAGGAGCCCAAGAAGCCCUUCCGCCACCACGGCGGCGACCUGGGGGACCAGCGGGCCCACCUCCGCGCCAAGGAGAUGAACGGCGGCACGCCCUGGGAGCUGCGCCACUUCUACCCCAGCCCCAUCACGCCGCUGGGCUUCAACCGCAGCACGCCCACCACCCGCCCGCUGCCGCCACACUCGCCGCCCAAGUGCGUCCAGAUGGAGCGCCACGUGAUCCGGCCGCCCCCCAUCAGCCCCCCGCCGGACCGGCUGCCCACCAGGGAGGGCCGGACCCACGUGCUGCAGCGGGAGCUGUGGAUGAGGGCGUUUGGUUUCCUCUCGCACAAGGAGCUGUGCGCCUGCAUGCGGGUCUGCAAGACGUGGAACAGAUGGUGCUGCGACAAGCGGCUGUGGACCACCAUGGACCUGAACCGCUGCACGUCCAUCACCCCACUGAUGCUGAGCGGGGUGAUCCGCCGGCAGCCCGCCUCGCUCGACCUCAGCUGGACCAACAUCUCCAAGAAGCAGCUCAGCUGGCUCAUCAACCGGCUGCCAGGCCUGCGCGUGCUGAAGCUCUGUGGGUGCUCCUGGGUGGCGGUGUCUGCCCUCUGCACCUCCAACUGCCCGCUGCUCCGCAUGCUUGACGUCCAAUGGGUGGAGGGCCUGAAGGACGCCCAGAUGAGGGACCUGCUGUCCCCCCCCACGGACAACCGACCAGGCCAGCUGGACAACCGCUGCAAGCUGCGCAACGUGGUGGAGCUGCGGCUGGCGGGCCUGGACAUCACAGACAGCUCGCUGCGCCUCAUCAGCCGCCAGAUGCCCCAGCUGGCGCGCCUGGACCUUAGCUACUGCAACCACGUCAACGACCAGUCGGUCAACCUGCUGACCGCCGCUGGCACCACCACCCGGGACUCGCUCACCGAGAUCAACCUGUCAGUGUGUAACCGGGUGACGGACCACUCGCUCACCUUCUUCAAGCGCUGCGGCAGCAUCUGCCAGAUCGACCUGCGCUACUGCAAGCAGGUGAGCAGCAUGGCCUGCGAGCGCUUCAUCGCAGAGAUGUCUGUGAGCGUGCCCUUCGGUCUGAAGGAGGAGAGACUGCUGCAGAAGAUCAGCUAGUUCUCCCCGGAUGGCCAACGUGGACACAGACACUGUAUUUGCACUACGUGGAAGAAAAUGAGUUUGGGAUUACUCACCAUCAUAUCCGGUUUUGCUGAGAUGUGACGCCGAUUGAACUCCUCAAGCGUGUUCAGUUCUGGGGGCUGCAAUCUGUGACGGACUCCUUUUGCGCUGGACAGACACAGGUUGGGGUAUGAGGGUUGGAAGAUGCAUGUUUUUGUGUUUUUAGGGGGUACCCCGUUCUUUUUUAUUUGCUUGUAAUUGAGAGUCUGGCGGCAUUUGUUUUUGUUUCUUUACAAUUUGGAAAUUAUUUUUAUACAAGUUGUCUUAUGAGUUUAGCCUGUCUUUCUGAAACUUUUUCCUCUCCCGAAUAUAUUAUAAAGCAUGUAUUUGAGCUAAAUAUUGUCCCUUUAUUUUUCACUUAGCCUUGAAAACAACUAUGUCUCUUAUGUGCAAUUGUGUUUCUGAAAUUGUGUUUCAGAAAUUAUGAUUAUUGUCAGGACAGGCAAAACACAUGUACAGUAAUGGAUAUCUGAAUAAUUUAUCACAAAUACUUAUUGAAUAUCCAGAAUGUAUUUCCAUAAAUAUACUUAAAGAAAAACUAGAAUAUAUGUCCAUUACUGAGAGGAAUUGUCUUCUCUAAUGACUGUGUUGGGGGGUCAGAUCUGCCUGUAUCUUCAACUUUAACUUAUUGAUUUGUAUUCUGUAUUUAUUGUUUUGUUCAGUGUGUCAUAUUCGAUACAUGUUUCACACAGAAUUGGCUAACAUAUCUGCAAAUACUUGUAUUCUAGUUUGAGCCUAUAUUUAGAUACCAGAUGUGGGGUGUCUAAUAUAAAGGAAAGUACUGUUGAAAGUACGCUCUGCGCCCUUUAUAAGACAGUUAGGCCUUGAUUGACUACACUCCUGUUGGCCAGGGUCACUUUUUUCAGUGAAACCACAUCCAUGUGAUGCUUCCAUACAGAUAAAACAAAAAAAAAACACGUCAAAAGCACUUCAAGUGCAACAGGUUUUCAUCGGUUUGCUUUUUUUUUAUAAAUUUUGUACUAGUUUUUAUAUUUUGGCCUUUUGUGGGGAUUUGUAUUGUGCUCAAAUAACUCCAGUUACCCCACGUGAAUGUGCUUACCUUGUUUAUAUUUGUAAAUCCAAAACAUCCCUGUUCUGAUAUUUCAUUAAAAUAUGUCACUUGUA